AUGGCUUGCCCGACGAUUUCAUCGUCGUCGAAACAACAACGAACAAUUUGGAUGUGGAAAUCAAACGCCGAUCCGUGGGAAAACAUCGAGACAGAGGGAUGGAAAAGAUAUGAAGACAUUGAAAAUUGCAUGAUCGAAAGUGCGUUUGAACAAAAAAAGAAUCAAGUUGAAUUGGACGACUUUUGGAUUGAUUUGAAACAUCAAGUUCAAAUCAACAAACAAGAUUCCAACAAACAAACACCGAUCAAAAGAGUGACGAACAUGUCAGACGACAAAUAUGUCAGAGAAAGGUUUACGAAUCAACAAUCCGCAUUGACUGCAAAAUCAUUCAGAGGGAACUUCAUGGCUACGUUUCUCGCGAACGCAGGACUUUGGGAUGUAAAAAUCUCAGACGAGUGGGUUGAAAAGGCAGCACGCGGUAUUGAAGCAGAAGGAGAAAAGUUGGGGAGAAAAACCCAAGCUGAACGAAUUGCGAUUGAAUUGAGAAAGGUGAAAGGGAAAGAAGAAAAAGAAAUUCUUGGAUGUUGCGUCAAAUUGUAUACGAUUGAAAGUUUUUUGUACAAACUGAUCAACAAAAUCAUGACAGAAGCUGGAAUUGAAGACGUCUUCAAAGGCAACUAUGCGUUUGUGUCACAGAAAGAUGAGAGUUAUGCGCGCACAUUGGGACCGUAUUGUUGCAUGUUAUUUCAAUAUCUUUGUCAUGAAGAAGCUCCUAAACAAAAAAACGUUACUGUUUUUCGAAGCGGCAACUUGACAGAGGAAAUGAUUCGUGAUUACAAAAAAAAUGUUGGAUUACGAGUUUUGUGGGAGGGCUUUUCAAGCACAACAAAAAACAAAGAGAUUGCGUUAUUUUACGAUGGAAACACUUUAUUUCAAAUUCGCAUUCCUUCAAAUCCAAUUUGCCAAUGUGUGGAAAUCUCGUCAUUGUCAGAAUACCCAGAUGAAGAAGAAAUAUUAUUAUCGCCUGGGACGGGGAUCAUGAUAGAAAAAGUUGAAUAUGAUUCGAAAAUCAAAAAACAUGUUAUACACUUAGGUGCCGAAGAAAAUUGGAAUGAUCUCUUAAGGCGGGCGAAUGGCAUUGACCUCACGAGUGACGACAAAUGA